UGAUGUAAAGGAAUUUGGAUCGUGCGAACUUUGUACAAAUAGUCAUAGAGUGAACAUGCAAUGUGGUAUAAGUCUCACAGGGAGAUAAGGACGAAAUAGUUGAUCCGCGAUAGUGUGCGCACGCAGGAUCGCGUUAAACGUUCGUUUCUCAUUUAAAACAACGAAUUUUUCUCGAAAUUGUUUCGCUGUGUUCGAAGUCGAGCUACGGGAAGGACGCGAGCCAUCUCUGUGCCAGCAUUCUAUUGUUCUCUGUCAUUCUCGGUCAGUCGAUCUUCGUUGCACGCACACCAAAGGCGCUCGUAAAAAAAGAAGUGAAACGUGAACGUCGAGCGAAGUGACGCUCGGCUAGGAAAGGGAUGCCAUCACAAUGGUUUUGGAUAAUCUUUAAUCUCGCGCUUUGCGCGGUCGCGUUGGAACAUGACAGUAUUAAAGCUUUCCUAGAGAUAACCGAAUUCGAAUACGAGGAUAAUUGUAACAUUACAGCGGAUGCUGAAUGGACGUUCAUUAAUUCUCCGUCAAGUGAAACACUGUCACUAUGGGAAGAAAAAUUAAUUUCUUACGCCACUUUCAAAAAUACGCAAAAAAAUGAAGUUGCUAAUGUUUCGAACACUAGCGAUCCAUCUUUAAAACACAAAUACGAUGUUGCCGACAAAGCAGGCGAUGCUUUACUGGAAACUGAAGAUUCUGAAACACUGAUUCACUUUGCUGGAACAGCAGAGUUGCUGAGACUAUCCACACUUCGUACGGGAGUCUUGAAGAACUACACGCGUAAAGAUGUUGAACGUGUAUUGUCUCAUAACAACAAUGUUAACAAUAAAAGGAGUACCUGGACAGCUUGGCAUCAAGAGCUAGCUCCGCUUAUUAAGAAUUUUACAACUGUCUUACCACUCGCUGAUAAGGCUGCCAAAGCAAAUGACGCCAAAGAUGUUGCAGAAUAUUGGGAACUUUUAAGCGGAUUCUCCGAUGGUUAUGAAAAAAUUAAUUACGAAUGGAGUAAAGUUGCUAAUCUUCAUAAGAAAGUAGUGCAAUUCGUAAAAAAUAGUCUAUCGCACAAGUACAACGUUACUAUGGACGACACAAUACCAGCUUACUUACUGGGAUCGCUACAAGGAAGCGAUUGGACUCCCAUAUCAGUUGAUGCAGUACCUUAUCCAGAAAGGAUGUACAAUAUAAAAAAAAAUCUUUGGAAAAGGAAACUUCUUGGAAAGUCAUUAUAUACGACUGCCUCCGUAAUGAGCACGCAAAUGGUAGACCAAGUUCCACAAGCUGAUUUUUGGGAUAAUAGUUACUUUAAUAAACAAUGCCCGUCAAAAUUAAUUAAUUUCUGUAAAGACGGUAUUACGAGGGUGUCCACUUGUUUUGAACCCACUGUAAGCAAUUUUCUUUCUGCUCAUAAAAAUAUUGGAACGAUUGUGUUAAAUCAAAUGUCUGCCGAAAUGAUGCCGGUACUUAAUACGGCUAAUCGAUAUUCUGCCUUAGAAGUCGGCGUUUCAGAACUUUUUGGUAUCUUAGCAGCUAGCCCCGCUUGGCUAAAUUACACUCGUAUCGUGGAUAAUUCUACCGAUAACGAGCAACUUUCAAUUGUGUCAUUAAUGAUAACGGCAUUGGACACGUUACCGCGUCUUGCGUAUUACAUGUCAGCGGACAGAUGGAGAAUUAAUGCUAUCAACAAUGGUAUUACAAAUUCAGAAGAUUUAGUAUCGUCUUGGUGGAAGUGCAGGCAAGAAUAUGAAGGACUCAACUCCAAUGGAACAGAACCACCUACAUUUUUAAAUGACGACUAUAUCACUAACAAUAGACCAUAUCUUUCAAAAUUAACUGGUACUAUUCUCGCAUUUCAAUUCUACGAAUAUUUGACGGAGUCCACGGAAGUCAGAUACGACUCCAUCUUGGGAAGACAAACGAAAGCAGAGUUCAUAAAAAUGAUUCAAGAAGGUGGUGCCGAUGAUUGGACGAGAGUGAUUAACAAAUACUUAGAAAUAAACGAAAUUUCAUCGGAUGCACUUUUGUCAUUUUUCUCUCCCUUAGAAGAUUUCAUUGAUUACUUGGAAGAAGAUUACGAAUAUAAAACAUUUACCGUUAAAGAAUCGGAGCUCGAAGCACUAGAAAAGAAUGUUAUCAAAGAAUUUAAUGCUCCUUCAACAACAACUACUAGUACUACUACUACUACUACUACUGCCCCAUCGAGAAAUAUAUCCAAGAAGAGAAAGAUCUCAAAUACGAUAUCCUCGAGUAAAGAAAGUGAUGAGAAAAGCAAUGCACACGCUACAGUUAACAGCGAUAAGAAUUCAGACCCGAAAAAUGUACAAGAUGAGAAAUCAGGAAACCGUAAAGUUUCAGAAGCGUCGCUUACAAUUCCUUUCGAUGAGUCGAUAGAUGACUUAGCCGCGGACCAAGAUAAGAAACCAAAGAUUAAUACUACUAAGGCAGUGUGGGCUGUGGGUGCCGUACUUCUAGCUACGAUAGCUAUUUGUAUAAUAGCGAUUUUUGGAAAGCAAAGAUGUCGUAAAACACCAAAAAAUAGACGAUAUGUAUAACAACAAUUUGAGGUUAUUUCCACACAUCGAACUUUUUGUGAGCGAUAUUAUAAUUCGUAUACUGGGCAGUAUACACCAGAGAGAAUAUCGACAACGAGAAUUAGAACCUAAGAACAGAAGAGCCGAUAAGUAUUAACCGCACAAAUACUACUAUAUUGUUUAUGUUUUUUUUCUCAAUCAGAAUUAUGAUAACAUGUAUAUGCUACAUAUUACGCACACAACUCCCAACAGUUCCUUUAUAAAUAUGCCAAACUAUAAAAAAUGAUUUUCAAAAGUGCACUAAAAAAAAUGUAUUCCCUAUAUUUUCUGUAGAACCUUCAAAAAAAUAUAUAUUUCAAUACGUUUUUGUAACAUU